ACAAUAAUGCUUAGAGCCAUCAUCUUGUCACUAGCCACAGUUUUUGUAUUAUGUACAGAAAGCGACUAUACUGUAGAAACAUAUCCGAACCCGAAAAGAGGUGGCUACAAGGAGUGCGGUCUGCGCAGUUCUGGCCUUGUUUGCGAUCCAUAUGAGACGCUCAGUGAAUCAGAGCGCUACCGUAUCAACAAUCAGCUUAUCAAUUUCGUUACUAAAACUGAAGAGGGUGGCAACACGUUCUGCUCCAAAAAAGGAACCGAUGCAAUGUUUGUGAUUAUGAACAAGGCAUCCCAGGAGUUUGCUGACAACCUUCGAAAACACUGGAGCACAAUUGAUACACAAUGCGGACGUUUUGGACUUCUUGUUCUCUCGCUUGAUGACCGACAAAUCUUCGGAUCUUUCGAUGAGCGAUCGCCAAUAAAUAUGGCUCAACUCCAAGCUAUCAUCGCUACAGAAGAAAACCACAUCAAAACAGGAGCGUAUACCACCGCGGUAACAAACAUCCUGAAAGAAGUAGCAGCUUCAAUGACUCCACAAAAGGGCGUCACAACUACAACACCAGCAUCUUCAACAAAGUAUUCACCAGCUCAAUUGUCCGUUUGCUCUUUUCUUGCUGCACUUUUAUAUUUUUUCUAAUAUAUUACCUUGUGUUUUCAUUUUCAAAUUGUGAUUCAAAGUUAUUGAUUCUACAUUUUAUGGGUUUUUUAAUUCAGUGUUUUUAUUCAGUUCAUUAUUAUUAUUAUUAUUACUUUGUAUUUUUCAUCUACAGAAUAACAAUUGAUUUGGCUAAUUUUUCCAAUUGAAAGUUCUUGGAAAAAGAAAAAAAGUAGUUCCGCUUUCGUUUUUGUGAAACGACCAAUAAAGAGACAAGAUGAAAACAGAAA